GGCUGAUAAUACGUGCAUGGGAAGAGUAUCUGAUAGACUGAUAGACUGAUACUGCUGUACAAGGUAAUCUAAACAUAUCAAUCCGCCUAUCCCUAAUCAGUCAGUUCCUCCAAGGCCUUCAUUAGCUCUUUCGCCUGUGGUUUUCUGUCAUUCGAGAAAUCGCCAAUUCUCUUGUCUCCAGCCUCUCCAAGCCUAUCCGCCAAUUAUUUUCACAAUCUCCUCACAACAUUUCCACCGAAAGCGAUUUCCCACGCCAGUCUCCUAUUCACCAUUUGGAGAUUCGUGUCGCAAGUCUGCUUAGAUGCUGAGGAGAUCAUCUGGGUCGGCCGCAGAGGAAGAAGGCGACGAUUCAACAGCGAAUGCGGACACAAUUGAAGGACCGGGGUUCACAGGUCGCUCUAGAAGCGAAAUAUCGAUAUCGAAUAGGGAUUCCCAGAAUUUCCAAUCAACUUCACGACAAACCACUCCUCAACAUACUCAAUCCGAAUUAGAUCGUCGGAAAAGUUGCGACAAAAGACCUUUGGCUGCCAGGAGUCGAUGCCCCAGCAAUACAAAUUGGAAACCAACCGAAUCGCGCAAUGGACAAAUAGAUAAGAGUCAACCUAACGAAACGGCUGUAAUUAGUGUUUCCUCGAAAGGGGCUAUUGAGGUAGAUAAGAUGGCCGACUCGAGACAGACUUCACGACGGUCGAGGUUACGAAGUCCUUGGUCUUUUACACCAUUGACCUUCGCUACAACAGUCAUAGCCUUACUUACUUUGGCGUCUAUUAUACAUUCAUUUACUACGCGGCAGUUGGAUACCAAAGGAUGUCGAAUGUCAUAUAUGAGGCCUUCUUUUGCGAAGUUAUCGGAUUUCGAUACCGAGCAUACCCGUUUCGCAAGCAAAUAUUCGGUUUAUCUAUACAGAGAAGGAAUGGUGGAUGAGGAUACCAAGGUUAGAGGUGUUCCUGUUUUGUUCAUACCUGGAAAUGCUGGAAGUUAUAAGCAAGUUCGACCAAUUGCGGCAGAGGCAGCAACAUAUUUCCACGAUGUUUUACAGCACGAUUCUGCAGCAAUCAACGCCGGAGCACGAAACCUGGACUUUUUUACUGUCGAUUUCAACGAGGAUAUAACAGCCUUCCAUGGGCAGACAAUGUUGGACCAGGCAGAAUAUUUGAAUGAAGCGAUUGCGUAUAUAUUAUCUUUGUAUCACGAUCCUCGAAGAUCGCAACGAGACCCAGAGCUUCCAGAUCCAACUUCCGUUAUCAUAUUAGGGCACUCGAUGGGUGGGAUUGUAGCUCGUACAAUGUUAAUUAUGCCGAACUACCAGUCAAAUUCGAUUAACACGAUUAUUACAAUGUCAGCUCCACACGCCCGGCCGCCUGUUUCCUUUGAUGCGGAGAUUGUCAAAACUUACAAGCAGAUCAACGACUACUGGCGUCAAGCCUACUCGCAGAAAUGGGCAAACAACAAUCCUCUAUGGCAUGUCACUUUGUUAUCUAUAGCUGGAGGUGGACUCGAUACUGUGGUUCCGUCGGAUUAUGCCAGUCUGGAAUCUCUGGUGCCAGAUACACAUGGAUUUACUGUUUUCACUUCGUCUGUGCCAAACGUAUGGACCGGUAUGGAUCAUCAAGCUAUUCUAUGGUGCGAUCAGUUUAGAAAAGUUGUCGUCAGAUCUUUAUACGAAGUUGUUGAUGUAAAUCGGCCCGCACAAACGAAACCUCGAGCAGAUAGAAUGAGAAUCUUCAAGAAAUGGUACUUGACAGGAAUGGAAAGCCUCUCAGAAAAGACUCUUUCCCACAAGGAACCCACGACUUUGCUUACUUUGGAAGACGAUUCGCACGCAAUAAUCCCUCAAGGGGAAAGAUUAACUUUACGAAAGUUUGGGGAGUCGAGAAAACCAAAAGCACAUUUGCUCCCGAUUCCUCCCCAGGGGACACCAGGUGGAAAGCGAUUCACACUUCUCACCGACCAGAAGCUCGAUAAACCUGGGGACAAUGGAAAGUUGGAGGUUCUUUUCUGCAGUGUUUUCCCCCUGCAUCCAGGCCAAUCAGCGACACUAUUUUCAAUGAAUAUGGAUCUGUCUGGGGAUAGCUCUGGAUCUACGAGAUUAGCUUGUAAAAAUGCUGCAAGUGACGUUAUUCUUCUACCAGCAUCCACCAGAACAUCAAAGAAGCCUUUCUAUCUGGACGAAGAGGAAGAAAUAAAACCAUUUUCUUAUUUGCAAUACGAUUUGGAGGAUAUUAUUGACCAUCAAUUUGUUGCUAUUGUUGAUAAAGCAGUUGAGUCAACUUCUGGAUGGGUGAUUGCCGAGUUUAGUGAUAAUGUUCAGUCACAUCGGAUCAGAUCUUUGAGUCUUCGACGCCUCCUGGCUUUCGGCAUGAAAAUGAGGCUCCCACCAAACAGACCAAUGGUCGCGGAGGUAAAAAUACCCGCCGUACACUCCAGUCUAUUAGCCUAUAACUUGGAAAUGGGCAAUCAGGUAUGCGGGGAGGAAUCGGAACUUUUCACCCCACUUUUACGUCAAUAUAUUUCGGAGCCUUACGAAUCCAAAUAUUUUGUGAAUGUGAAGCAAGCAACCAUCAAUCUCCAUGGAGUUUCUCCAUUUAUGCCACCCGCACUUAAAUACAAAGCCGUUCAAGAUGGGUUGAGUCUUCAGUUCUGGACUGAUCCGACGUGCAACUCGAGCAUUAAGAUCUCUCUGAGUGUUGAUAUUCCAGGCAGUUUAGGGAAGCUGUACAUGCGCUAUCGAACAGUUUUUGCUGCAUUCCCCUUACUGGUCGUUGCCCUCGUGUUGAGAAAGCAAUUUCGAAUGUAUGAUCAGACAGGAAUUUUCAUUUCUUUCGGCGAAAGUCUGGACUUGUGUUUACGACAGUCUUUACCUUUAGUGUUGUUAGCUCUUACAUGCCUAUCAGUUUCAUUCUCCCAAGCAAGUACGGCAGCACCUCAAGGGGCCCCCACGGGGUUUUUAGGAUGGGGAAGAAAUGCAUCGGAAACUGUCAUUGAUUAUACUAAAAACGAUUUACUUGUGGGCUCGCAGGAUCCUUUCUUCUGGUUCAUGGUUCCUCUAAUUGGACUGGUCUGUAUUGGUGUAUGCGUAAUGAUCAAUUAUGCCACAUUAGCCAUUACUCACAUUUUGAGCGUACUCUAUGGCUGGAUGAGUGUUAAGCCGGCGUGGUUGCGAAACGAAGAUAGAAAAAGGGCAUCAUCUCCAGCAUUCGCACCAUCUUCUCCCCGCCGACGAGUAUUUACAACAGGCGUAUUGUUGUUCUUGGUGUCUACAGUCAUUCCAUACCAGUUCGCAUAUCUGGUGGCAUGCCUGGUACAGAUAGCCACUUGUACAAGGGCCCUACGAUUUGCCCGAGAAGCACGUUCUAACACGAAUUACAACUUCUACAAUUACGUUCACUCGAUACUUGUCCUUAUGCUGUGGAUCUUACCAAUUAAUCUCCCAAUACUCGUUGUAUGGAUUCAUAAUUUGGCUGUGCAUUGGUUGACACCCUUCUCUUCUCACCACAAUGUCCUCUCUAUCAUGCCCUUCAUUCUUUUGGUGGAAACAUUAACGAGUGGAAAGAUGGUCCCUCGUGUUACAUCGCGCGUCCGCCACGUUACCAGCAUUCUGCUUUUCGGCAUCGCGAUAUAUGCUGCAGUAUAUGGAGUGACUUAUGCCUACAUGCUUCAUUAUCUAGUCAACUUGGUAGCUGCAUGGCUCGUCGCUAUUCAUUCUUCAACCUCAAAUUGGACACUUGCGGGUGUAACGACCAUGUUCGAUCCCGAAAGCAAUGAGAAUACUCGCAAGCGAGGUAAAACACCUUGAACGACAGUACCGUUUUUCACGAGAUUAUCUACAGCGCCAUUAUAUUCAACGAUUCACGAUUCAACGCCCAUCACUUUUAUCAGACUCCUAUUACUUUUAUAAUCGGUUGAGAUCAUGGGCUCCCGCAACCUAUCAACCUAUUUUUGUUUCUUUUACGCACUAGACUUUCCGGCGUUCCCAACAAAGUAUAGAACUUUGAGCGUUAUCGCACGUCUGUUUUCCCGAAUUUCACACUCUUUCUAGACUUCAAUUCUUUCGUUUAUAGCGAAUGAUGUUCAUACACAAAAUUCAUUCACAAAUCACUAUACUCAUAAGCGAUGUACAUAGGGAAGUUGGCGUUCUGUUCUUUUCCGGCUGCAAACUGUAAUUACGCACGUACAUACCUACAUUUUUGCGAUAUGCUGGUUUAUGUUAUCCAAGGGGGAGAGGUGUAGGAUGACAAGGUAUAUUAAGGGGGGACGAGACGGAGGAUGGGGCGCGAUACUGCAGUGGCCGGGCAGUGAUAAAAAACUUGGCUACUUUGUAAUGUUUUAUAUUGUAUCUUCUUCUGAUAGCGAGAAGAGAAUUAGGAAGUAAGAGGAGGGGUAGUGACGGUCGGAAGUGUGAUAUUGAGUGGGGAAGGGGAGGAGAAUGGGAUGAAAUGUAUAUUUGGUGAUGGAAGUGAGGUUGCAAAGGGGAGAUUGGAAUGCCGAAGAUUAUUCAGGCCUUUGCUUUGGAGGUGAAAACGAGAAGGUGGGAUGAUGCGUUGACACCGUGCUGUGCUGUUGCUUAUAUACCCUUUGGUUUGGAAAUGGAAUCGAGAAUGAGAAGUGGGGAAGACAGGAUGAGAGUAAAGUGUGAAUGCAGGUGCGAGGUGCGGAGGGAAUAAUUGAAUAUAGACUCCGAAAGGGAAACUUUUUACAUAUCUUGGGUGCAUUUACUUGGUUGCAUCUUUUUACAACUGCCUGAACGCUGGAACUUUCAGUAUGGUGAGUGUAUCGCUUUCGAUGUGCUCCUAAUUUUCCCCUUGCUAUUCAUUACCUCGAAGAGACAGCAUUGUACAAACAAUGAACUCGCUCCCGGUGAACCUUGGAAUAUAUCUACCCACUACUCA